AUGUCCCUCCUCGUAAAACACAUCACGAAAGCCGACAUCCCGCGCGUCAUGAACAUCAUGUUCUCCGUGAUGGCGCCGACGGGAUUCGGGCGCACCACAGGCGAAGUACCGAACCGCGACAUCACCUUCGAAGACUUCAUCUCGUCGCCAUACAGCGUGAACAUGGCGCGGCGCAUCGCCGAGGAACUCAACACCGACCCGACCCUGCACUACCUGCAGGCCGUGGACAGCCGGUCCGGCAACAUGGUUGCGCUGGGCAAGUGGCACAUCUACCGCGGCGACCAGGGGCUGCAGGCGUGGCGGUCGUCCAUCCGAACCGAUAAGUCGAUGCAGAUCCCGUUCGGGCUGAACGGGGCUGGGUAUCGCUGCAUUAUGGGGAAGUUGUUUGAUAAGAGGAAGUUUUUCUUCGGUGAGGGGGGGAGGGAGCACUGUUUGUUUGAAUUGCUUCUCACGCAUCCGCGGCAUGAGCGCCAGGGUGCGGGCUCGCUCAUUACGCAGUGGGGAUGCGAUCAGGCCGAUCAGCUCGGUUUGGAUUGUUAUCUGGAGUCCUCGGAUCCUGGGUAUCCGGUAUACCAAAGGAAGGGGUUCAAGGAUAUGUCGAAAGAUCCGAAUCAAAAUGUGAUCGAAUACACCGUGGAUGAGUUCACGGGGCGACAAGGGUUCGAGGAAGAUAAAAUGCGGUUUACGUGCAUGAUCAGAAAGCCCAGGGGGAGGGGUGUUCCGAAUAGAAAAAAGAUGUUUGCGUAG